ACCCAUCGAAAUAAUCUAAUUCACACCAGGGGCUGUGAACAGAAACUCUUAUGAAAGCAGUCAAGUGCUUGUGUCACCUGUUAAAGCUCUAGCCUCAGAUUCUCUUUAUUUCAACAGUAUUUGAUUAGGAAUCCCAAAGUUAACCUCACUCGAAAAAAAAAGGUGUGGUCUUAGUAGUUUACGUUUAAGCCGUGACGGGAGCUGUGUAGUACGGAUCGCCAUUCAAAACAGUAAUGUACCGGCAAAGCUGGAAGUAAGGACACGGACAAACACUUAACGAAACAGAACACAGUUACCAACACAGAAGAGCUGCAUUUAAUCAGUACAAGUAUGGCUGCAAAUCCACAUUCAGGUCCAUAUUAUAUAAACUAUGGAUUCCAACAGGGACAAGACCUUCCCCCUCCAUACAAUCUAGCUGCAGGUGCUCCUCCACCACCGUAUCUACCUCAGCACCCCCCCUCAGCUGUGCCGCAGUACAGUCCUUCAGUUCCCACGUACACUCCCACCCCUCAACGAUACCUGCAGGACAGACCUGCCUCUUCAGGCAGGAGGACAGUCGCUCUUGCUCUCAGUGUUGUUGGUGUGCUACUCAUUUUGGGAGUGACAGGGUUUCUCAUCUGGUAUUUUGGGUUUAUAAAACGUUUACCUGUUUUUGAGUCAACUCUCUGGCCCUCACCCACAUUCUCACCCACACCAGAAACAGUUAGUUCUAGCUGCAUGUUUGGUGUGCCCUGUGGGUCUUCAGGAAGUUGUGUGAGCUCAUCGAAGUGGUGCGAUGGUACACCAGACUGUCCACUCGGGGAAGACGAGGAAACGUGCCUCCGGCUCUAUGGAUCCAACUUCCUUCUGCAGGCCUAUUCCCCCACUAGCCAGUCCUGGAAGCCAGUGUGCGCGGAUUACUGGAGUGAUAGCUAUGGCAAAAGCUCCUGCGAACAGAUAGGGUACAGCAGAGACACAUACUUACAGUUUGGAAAAACCAGUCAAAUCUCUAGUGGAUCCAGUGGGUUUAUGAAACUGGACUCCGGUUUAAGUAAUACAGGAGGAAAACUCCAAAACAUGCUGACGAGCAGCAAUUGGUGUUCAACUGGAUCAGUAGUCACACUGCGCUGCAUAGGCUGUGGUGUUAAAUCUACUCCCUCGACUCGGAUUAUUGGAGGGACAGUGGCCCAGGUAGGGGAAUGGCCAUGGCAAGUCAGUCUCCAGAUUAACAAGCAGCAUAUCUGUGGCGGCACCAUCAUCACCCCCUACUGGAUAGUGACAGCAGCACACUGUGUAGAAACGUAUUCUCGUGCUUCUUAUUGGAGGGUUGUUGGUGGCUUCCUUACGCUGACAGAAAUGCAGACCGUCCCAGGAUCCUCUGUGUCUCUUAUUAUUGCCAACAAAAAUUACAACAGCCAAACAAAGGACAAUGACAUUGCACUCAUGAAACUGACCAGGCCUCUUGCAUUCUCAAAUACUGUAAAGCCAGUCUGUUUGCCAAAUGUGGGUCUGCAGGCAGCUCCUUCAAGUCAAUACUGGAUAUCUGGAUGGGGAGCGUCGAGAGAAGGAGGAGCCUCUACUAAGGAUCUGCUGAUGGCCCGGGUCAAUGCUAUUGGUCGGGACACCUGUAACAGUGCCCAAGUGUACAAUGGGUUGAUAACGAAGGCAAUGAUCUGCGCUGGGGUUCUGCAAGGUGGAGUGGAUUCCUGUCAGGGUGACAGUGGCGGGCCAUUAGUUACACAGGAGAACUCGCUGUGGUGGUUGAUGGGAGACACAAGCUGGGGUUAUGGAUGUGCCCAGCGAAACAAACCCGGAGUGUAUGGCAAUGUGACAUAUUUCCUGGACUGGAUUUAUCACCAGAUGCAGACCAACAGAUGAAGAAUGUUUGAAUGGCAUGGAUGGUAAUUCAGAGGGAAUAAGUGCAAUUGAAGACACUUGUUUUAAUAACAUUGUGAACCUUAUUUUAUCUUGCCAAAAAAAAAAAAAGAAGAAAAUAAAA